CCUCAUGAUGCACUCUUCCAAUGGGUCGAUGGUCCUCUUGUCCAGGCCAUGCUAGCUGGGGACUUUUUUCUUAUUGAUGAAAUUUCCUUAGCAGAUGAUGCAGUAUUGGAACGCCUUAACAGUCUUCUGGAGCCCGAACGCAAUCUAACUCUUGCAGAACGUGUCUCAGAGGCCAACCAACUCAAACCCCUUGUUCCGAAAACUUCAGCUCCAGAUCAAUAUUCCUCGAAUUCGACACUUAAUCACAUACUGCAGGACUCUAUUUUGAUUUCUGCAUCUCCAAGUUUCCGUCUCUUUGCUACAAUGAAUCCAGGUGGAGACUAUGGUAAAAAGGAGCUCUCUCCGGCGCUGCGGAAUAGGUUUACCGAAAUCUGGGCCCGUUCACCUCAUAUGCCUUGUUUAGAAAGUACACUGGCUUCCUUAGAGCCAGCCUUAACAGUUGCCGGGGCCGAAAUCCCUCUUCAGAAUGAUUGGUAUGCGAUUGUUUCGCAUAAUCUAGGCCUUUAUUUCCGGCCUGCCAGCGCAGCUCGUGUAAUCGAUCAUAAUUACAUCCAAUGCCACUUGGCUGACAGUCAUCCAGAACCUUGGUUACAAUUACUUCCUGAACUUGUAUGCCCCAUGGCCAAGGCUAUGGUUACCUUUCUGGCAUGGUAUUUUGGCUCAGCAUGUCCUAGUUCAUUGAUUCCUGCACAGCCAGAAAGUGACUAUGCAAGCUACCGACCAUCCAAGUGA